AUGGACUCCAACAUAGCCUUUGGUAUGGCCAACACCUCCGUUGUUCAGAAUGAGCUGCCGCAGAUCUGGCUUUCCUAUCCCCAGUUUCAGAGCUACCUGCUGGGCUCCUUGAUGAGCUUCUCAGCCUGGCAGUACGCAGUGACCUUUUUGAUUGCCGUAUUAGUCUAUGAUCAAGUGAUGUAUAUCAUACGGAAGGGCUCUAUAGCUGGGCCUCCACUCAAGAUUCCGCUCAUGGGCCCAUUUAUACAAGCCCUGCACCCCAAAUUUGAAGGUUAUCUCGCACAGUGGGCGAGUGGACCACUCAGCUGUGUAUCUGUCUUCCACAAAUUCGUCGUUUUAGCCUCCGACAGAGACAUAGCCCACAAAGUGUUUAAGUCGCCUACAUACGCCGAGCCAUGUAUAGUUCCAGUCGCAAAGGAUAUACUAGGUCACAAAGCAUGGGUCUUUCUUCAGGGUAAAGACCACACUGAGUACCGCCGGGGAUUGACUCCUCUAUUCACCAACAGGGCUAUGGCUACUUACUUGCCGGUCCAGGAGAAAGUGUUAGCUGAUUAUUUCGCCAAGUUUGUCGCCACCAGCAAGGCAAACCAGGGACAGCCAAAGGAGUUCAUGACCAUGUUUCGCGAGAUCAACUGUGCACUUUCAUGUCGCACGUUUUUCGGUGAUUAUAUCUCCCAGGCUGCUGUCAAGAAGAUUGCGGACGACUUCUACCUUGCUACAGCCGCCCUCGAGUUAGUCAACGUACCACUGUCUAUAUACAUUCCAUUUACCAAGCCCUGGCUCGGAAAGCGGACAGCCGACGCUGUUCAUGUCGAGUUUGCAAAAUGCGCGGCUGCAUGCAAAGCAAACAUGGCGACUGGCGCAAAACCAACAUGCAUUGUAGACCAUUGGGUGCUCCACAUGAUGGAAUCCAAGCGAUACCACGAAAGAAUCGCAGCAGGGGAAACAGACGUCGAGAAGCCAAAGAACAUGAUCCGCGAGUUCACGAAUGAGGAAAUCGGAGAGACAUUGUUCACCUUCCUCUUUGCCUCUCAGGAUGCGUCGAGCAGUGCCACGACUUGGCUAUUCCAAAUCCUCGCCCAGCGGCCCGACGUGCUCGAUAAAUUGCGCGCGGAAAAUCUGGCCGCUCGUGGUGGUGAUAAAAAUAAGUCCUUUGAUCUUCCCAUGCUAGAGUCCCUCACCUACACCAACGCAGUCAUUAAGGAGCUCCUGCGUCACCGUCCACCUGUUAUUAUGGUUCCUUAUCUUGCGACGAAGGACUUCCCUGUCACUCCCAACUAUACUGUCCCCAAGGGCUCUAUGAUCAUACCUUCCUGUUACCCAGCUUUACAUGAUCCGAAUGUUUAUCCUAAUCCCGAUACCUUCGAUCCUGAGCGUUGGAUCUCUGGGGACGCCGAGUCCAAGACUAAGAAUUGGCUAGUGUUCGGCGCGGGAGCACACGAUUGCCUCGCAAGAAAAUACGUGCCGCUCUCUAUGGCUGGUAUGAUCGGGAAAGCGGCGCUGGAACUGGACUGGAAGCAUCAUGCCACGGAGAGAUCUGAGGAGAUCCGAGUUUUUGCUACACUCUUUCCAAUGGAUGGGUGCCCAUUAGUGUUUACGGAACGUUCAUAG